CGCAGACCUAGGGCGCGUGCGCUAAACUCUCCACUAACGCUCCCAGCGGCUGCGGAGACUAAGCUUUCGUCUGGGCAGCCGCGUGGUCCCGGAUACUUUGUAGAGGAUGCCUCAUGACGAAAUCCCCAGCUCACCUCAACCUCAGGAGCAAGACUGUUCACUAAGUCAGCAUGUCAGUGCUAAUGAAGACAUGCUGGUUGGGCAGGAGAGUGGUGGGGACUCAGAGACUGGGGAGUGCCUCUCUACUUCCUGUGAGUAUGGGCCAUCCACAUCUGCUGAAGCUUGUGUGUUGGCAACCACAAGGCGAGGGCCAACCGUGCUACACAUUGAUCGGCAUCAGAUCCCCUCAGUGGAGCCCAGUGCUCAGGCCCUGGAGCUGCAGGGCCUGGGUGUGGAUGUCUAUGACCAGGCCGUCCUGGAGCAGGGUGUGCUUCAGCAGGUGGACAGUGCGAUGCAUGAGGCCAGCCGUGUGGCCCAGUUUGCUGAUGCGGAGAAGGAUUAUCAGUCAGUCCUGGAUGACCUCAUGUCGUGUACAACAUCCCUGAGACAAAUCAAUAAAAUUAUAGAGCAACUUAGCCCUCAAGCUGCCACCAACAGAGAUGUCAACAGGAAACUAGAUUCUGUAAAACGUCAGAAGUAUAACAAGGAACAACAGCUAAAGAAGAUAACUGCAAAACAGAAACGUCUCCAGGCCAUCCUUGGAGGGGCCGGGGUCCAAGUAGAACUGGAUCAUGCCAGCCUGGAGGAGGAAGACACAGAGGCGGAGCCAUCAUGUCUUGGCAGUAUGCUCAUGCCCGCCCAGGAGGCCGCCUGGGAAGAACUGAUCCGCACUGGCCAGAUGACACCAUUUGGUACCCCAGCCCCUCAGAAACCGGAGAAAAAGCCUAGAAAGAUAAUGCUCAAUGAAGUAUCAGGCUUUGAAAAAUAUUUGGCAGACCAGGCACAACUGUCUUUUGAGAGGAAGAAACGAACUGCUAACAAAAAAGCAGCUAGAAAGGCCGUGGUCAUAUCUGAGUCAAGCGCAGGACCAAAUGAGACCAAACGGGACCAGAGCAGCCAAGUCCUCUCCCGAGCAGAUAAGCGCUUGAAGAAGCGUACCAGGAAGCUCCAGAAGAGGGCGCUGCAGUUCCAAGGGAAAGCGGCAUUGCCAUGGGGGAAGAACCAUCUGCAGCCUGCUGUGAGGCCAGAGGCUGAGGGAGACACCGAGGGGGAGGAGUCGGGGUCCUUUCCCACCGAUGGGGAAGAGGAGGAAGAGCAAGAGGAGGAGGAAGCGGUGGCCAACCUGUCUUCCGAUGACAUCAGCUAUGAACUGAAGCCUCUGCGGAAGGGCCGGAAAUACCAGAAGAAAGUCUCAGUGCAUGAGGUUGAUGAUGACUUUUUCCCAAGUUCUGGGGAAGAAGAUGAAGCUAUGGAAGGAAGAGGAGGAGGUCGCAAGGUAGCGAGGUGCCGAGAUGACGGCGAUGAAGAUUAUUAUAAGCAGCGGUUAAGGAGAUGGAAUAAACUGAGGCUGCAGGACAAAGAGAAACGCCUGAAGCUUGAAGAGGAUUCUGAGGAGAGCGAUGCCGAAUUUGAUGAGGGUUUCAAAGUGCCAGGUUUUCUGUUCAAAAAGCUCUUUAAGUAUCAGCAGACAGGUGUUAGGUGGCUGUGGGAAUUGCACUGCCAGCAGGCAGGAGGAAUUCUGGGAGACGAAAUGGGAUUGGGCAAGACCAUCCAGAUAAUUGCCUUCUUGGCAGGUCUGAGCUACAGCAAGAUCAGGACUCGCGGUUCAAAUUACAGGUUCGAGGGACUGGGCCCCACUAUAAUUGUUUGCCCAACGACAGUGAUGCAUCAGUGGGUGAAAGAAUUCCACACGUGGUGGCCUCCAUUCCGAGUGGCAAUUCUGCAUGAAACAGGCUCCUAUGCCCACAAAAAGGAGAAGUUGAUCCGAGAUAUUGUUCAUUGUCAUGGAGUUUUGAUAACCUCUUAUUCCUACAUCCGACUGAUGCAAGACGACAUUAGCAGACAUGACUGGCACUAUGUGAUCUUAGAUGAGGGACACAAAAUUCGAAAUCCAAAUGCUGCAGUCACCCUUGCUUGCAAACAGUUCCGCACUCCUCAUCGGAUCAUCUUGUCGGGUUCACCGAUGCAGAACAACCUCCGAGAGUUGUGGUCACUCUUCGACUUCAUCUUCCCGGGAAAGCUAGGCACAUUGCCUGUGUUUAUGGAGCAGUUCUCUGUCCCCAUCACUAUGGGGGGCUAUUCCAAUGCUUCCCCAGUACAGGUUAAAACGGCCUAUAAGUGUGCAUGUGUCUUAAGAGACACCAUUAACCCCUACCUACUGCGGAGAAUGAAAUCAGAUGUCAAGAUGAGCCUUUCUUUGCCAGAUAAAAAUGAACAGGUCUUAUUUUGCCGCCUAACUGAUGAGCAGCAUAAAGUCUACCAGAAUUUCAUUGAUUCCAAGGAAGUUUACAGGAUUCUCAAUGGAGAGAAUCAGAUUUUCUCUGGACUUGUAGCUCUGAGGAAGAUCUGCAACCACCCUGACCUCUUUUCUGGGGGUCCCAAGAAUCUCAGUGGUCUUCCAGAAGACGAGCUAGAGGAAGAUCAGUUUGGUUACUGGAAACGUUCUGGGAAAAUGAUUGUGGUUGAGUCUUUGCUGAAAAUAUGGCAUAAGCAGGGUCAGCGAGUGCUGCUGUUCUCCCAGUCAAGGCAGACGCUGCACAUACUGGAAGUGUUCCUGAGAGCCCACAAGUAUUCCUAUCUCAGAAUGGACGGGACCACUACCAUAGCAUCAAGACAGCCGCUGAUUGCAAGAUACAACGAGGACACGUCCAUCUUUGUCUUUCUUCUGACCACACGGGUGGGUGGCAUAGGAGUGAACCUGACCGGGGCCAACAGAGUCAUCAUCUACGACCCUGACUGGAACCCAAGCACCGACACACAGGCCCGGGAGCGAGCAUGGAGGAUAGGUCAGAAGAAGCAGGUUACUGUCUACAGGCUUCUGACGGCUGGCACCAUUGAGGAAAAGAUCUACCACCGACAAAUCUUCAAGCAAUUUUUGACAAACAGAGUGCUAAAAGACCCAAAACAAAGGCGCUUCUUCAAAUCCAAUGACCUUUACGAGCUGUUUACUCUGAGUAGUCCUGACGCAUCCCAGAGCACUGAAACAAGUGCUAUUUUUGCAGGAACAGGCUCCGAUGUUCAGACACCCAAAUGCCGUUUAAGAAGAAAGACUCCACCAGCCCCAGGAACAAAUUCCAAAUGCAAGAAGUUCCCCGUUUCUGACACAGCUGCUAAUGGUGCCACCCUGACUGAAGAAAAGUCCGAGGCGAUGGGGCCUGCAGGAAGUGCUCCUUCUACAGAAAGGGGCCCUGUGCAGGGCGACUGUCACCCGAGUGGGAGCGGAACUAGCAGUGUUGUCUUUGGAGAAGAGACAGGUGCAGGGUCCAACCUGGAGCAGCUGUCAGAGAUGAGUGGAGAUGGGAAGCGUUCAGGUUGUCCAGUAGUCGACCAAACAUCCGGGCCAUCUGGUGAGGCGAGCACCAGUGAGAAGCAGGGUCCUUCCUCCAAAGGGGAAUGCUGCCGGGUUCAGACAGGACCUGCUCUCAUGAGUGAACAAACAGAAGGUCAUUUUUGUAAGCACAAAUCAAAAAGGAAACAUGAUGCAGCAAAGGAAGAGACCCCAGAGAAAUGUCUGCAGCCCAAGCAAAAGGCCAAGAACUCCAAGCAUUGCAGAGAUGCCAAGUUUGAGGGAACUCGAGUUCCACACCUGGUGAAGAAAAGGCGAUACCGCUCACAGAACCCUGAGCAGGAGAGCAUGGCCAAGGGGCGAAGCAGUGAUGACUAUGUCUUGGAAAAGCUUUUCAAAAAGUCAGUGGGCGUGCACAGCGUCGUGAAGCAUGACGCCAUCGUGGAUGGGACCAGCCCGGAUUAUGUGCUGGUGGAGGCAGAAGCCAGCCGAGUGGCUCAGGAUGCCUUGAAAGCUCUCAAGUUAUCUCGCCAGCAGUGCCUGGGGGCAACAUCUGGUGUCCCCACCUGGACCGGCCACAGGGGUAGUUCUGGUGCACCAGCAGGAAUGAAGAAUAGGUUCGGUAAGAAGAGGAACUCCAACCUCCCCAUGCAACGUCCUUCUUCAUCACUAACAGAAAAGUCUCAGAACAAUGUGAAGAAGGAGGGGAAAGCUCCUGCCCCUGAGCACUUUAGUGGCAAAGAAGAUGGAGCGUCUUUGUCUGGAGCCCCCAGUUCCUCCUCACUCUUGGCCAGAAUGAGAGCAAGAAACCACCUCAUCCUGCCGGAGCGCCUGGAGAGUGACAACGGGCACCUCCCUGAGGCUGCUGCCUUGCCUCCCUCCAGCACAGAACAUGACGACCUUCUGGUAGAGAUGAGGAACUUCAUUGCUUUCCAGGCCCAGGUGGAUGGCCAGGCCAGCACUCAGGAGAUCCUACAGGAGUUCGAAUCCAAGCUGUCUGCGGCACAGUCCUGUGUCUUCCGAGAACUACUGAGAAAUCUGUGCAGUUUUCAUAGAACUCCUGGUGGUGAAGGGAUUUGGAAACUGAAGCCAGAAUACUGCUGAACAACAAUGCCCCUAGACUUUUUCAAAUGGGAACCUCGGCUCACCAAUCCUGGAUGAGUGAUCGUGUGUGUGUCUGUGUCUGUGCCUGUGUCUGUGUGUCUAUGUGUGUGUCUGGGUGUAAGGGCAUGGCUGCAGUCAGUGUUUACUGUGUCAUCUACCUCAAAACUAAAACUUGAAGAAGAAAAUACUUGGAGAAUUUUUUUGUUUUGUUUUUUAUUUUGGUAACAUUAUGAAUUAUGUCAUAAAACCAGGGACUUAAGAGUUACUUCUUGGAACAAAUAUAUUUCUUAAUCCAAAAGAUGCUGUCAGGGAGCAUACUACUUAAGAAGAGAGUCCUUGGUUCUUGCUGGUGCUGGGAACACGUCUUCUGUUUAUCCCACCUUAGCCCGUAAGUCACUUCAUCAGUAUCUGGUCACCUUGGUACCUUGAUACAGAACUGUAAAGGUUUCUGUCCCACAAAACACAUACAGAAAGAGCCUUGUUACCUAUCAGAUCAUUAACUACCUAUAAAUAAUGCUUUGCAGCACUGUUAAACUAGUGGGUUUGGUUUUUGUUGUUUGUUUGUUUUAAAUGGUUCUGGAGAUGGACUGGUGCCUUGUGCAUGCUAAGCCUGUGCUUUCCCACCAAGUUCCACCCCAGUUCCAUAUACACAUACAUUCCAUAUACACACACAUAUAUGGAUCUCAAAGAAGAGUCUGCUUUCUGUUCUCUGUCAUCAUUAUCUAAAGAUCGUAGAAGACGUUGUUUAACUCGGUCAAUAAGUUCUAAACAUUCAUACCUGGCUCAGAAGGAAGUCCCAAUGCCUGUUUGUUUCUGGAGCCCUUUGGUUAUUUUUUCUUCUAGUGAUUAGCCUGCAAGGAAAUGAUGAUGCCCUUGUUCUUGGGCUGAAGUACUGACCUGACUCAUUAGUGUGAAGCAUUAGUAUAUUAUGCCUGGAAUGUCUGAGAUCUAAGUUAUAUCGAGCUAGAGAAGGCAUAGAUAUUCCUUUAAUUAAAAAUAGCUGUUGAAAGUUUCUUAUUGUGCAGCAAGGCAAGGAAUCCAUGUUUCAGCUCUGCCACUGCCCUGCCCAUCCUGGGUGGGUUGAGUCUCAGGGUAGUGCUCUGUAAACAUGGUCAUCCAGCCAACCUGGGAGAAACUUAGAGAGCAGCUCUGAGUUAGAAUAGUUUUUAAUAACAUACAGCACCUUUAUACAUUGUGCUGUAAUCUGGAUUUUUGAACAUUAAAUACUUUGUGCAGUGUAAAUAGAUUAAAUGUAUUGAACAUGUUAUAUAAUUACAAAUAAAGGGUUUUCAAAGAUACCAGCUUUUUACUGUAUUGUCACUGUGAAAAGCCUCCAAGCAGUCCCCACCUUCCCACCCCACACCGGUCUUGCUGCUCUUCCAGAGCCCUGUGCAGUGGCCCGGGCAUUUCCACAGCUACUGGCGUGGGCUGCUCCUUCCAGUGUCGUCUCUGAGUUUUACCUGGACACAUGACUGCUCAGCUAAUAAUUGCUUCUCAGCCUCCCUGGCAGGUAAUUGUGACCACAUGACAGUUGUAGGCAGUGAGAUGGAAAACUUCCAGCUUGAAGCUUAAGCAGAGAGUCAUGGUGUGCACUCCCCUGAAAGGUCCCUGUUCUGCUGGUGGGGAUGUUUGAGAGCCUCAGUGGGGUUCCUGGUGUUUCAAGAGAGGGUGUUUGUUAAGGUUUGAGUAGUUUGCCUUCCAGUCAAGAAUGUCUGUCUUUGGUCUGUUACUUAAGAGUGAAAUAAAUGAAUACUUUUUAACACUGUUUUAGAGAUGGUUUUAGCACCUAACUUAUUUAAUGUAUGUCACAUGUUAAUGGAAUAAAAUUUUCCUAUUAUAUCUAACUUUCACAUUAUAUAGGCCUUUUCACUCUUGAGAUACAACUCUAUUUCUCUGAACCACUCAACUCUAAACCCAUUACAGGCUCACUUUCCCCUUACUUGCCCACACCAGGUAGUUUCCAUCUUGGUAGAUUAUUUUAAAGUCAGUCUUGUGAUUGAAAAUGACCUUAUUUUAAUCUGAAUUUCCCUGACUUCUUGAACACCAGACAUUCCCAUGUUUGUUGGUUAUGUGCAGAUUUUUGCUGUAUCUUGCUUAUUCAUACCAUAUUCACAUAGUUUUCUAAACAGAAGUGAAGGGCAAUUAUGAAAUAGGCAAACAUGAAAAGUCAUUAUGGAAUAAGUCCAUCCCCCACCCAUUUGAAACACCAACUUUUGAUUCAUCACACUGCACUGUAUUGUGGUGAUAUAUUGUGUACCAUAUUAAAUUUGCCUGAAGAUCAGAGAACAGAACAAGCCACUAGAUUAAACACAGAGGCCAGGCAGUGGUGGCACACACCUUUAAUCCCAGUACUGGGAAGCACACACACCUUUAAUCCCAGGAAGUGAUGGCUGGGUGGAGAAAGAUGUAUAAGGCGUGAGGAGACAGGAACUAAAGGCUUUUCAGCAGAAGCGUCCCUUUCACCUUGAGGCUUUUUUUGGCUGGAGCCUUUCGGGUGAGAUCUCAGAGGGUUUCAGUCAGAGGAUUCAUGGAAUUGGUGAGGUGAAACAUGGCAGUGGCUUGUUCCUUUGUCUCUCUGAUCUUUGAGCAUUUACCCCAAUAUCAGGCUCCUGGGUUUUUUAUUAGAAGACUAUUUAGAAUUCGUGUUACACUGCAUAGCUGAUGAUCACACUGGUCUGCACAGCUGAUGAUCACACUGCACUGCACAGCUGAUGAUCACACUGCACUGCACAGCUGAUGGUCACACUGCACUGCACAGCUGAUGGUCACACUACACUGCACAGCUGAUGGUUACACUAGCUGAUGAUCACACCAUACUGCACAGCUGAUGAUCACACUGCACUGCACAGCUGAUGAUGGUCACACUGCACUGCACAGCUGAUGAUCACACUACACUGCACAGCUGAUGAUCACACUACACUGCACAGCUGAUGGUUACACUAGCUGAUGAUCACACUGCACUGCACAGCUGAUGAUCACACUACACUGCACAGCUGAUGGUCACACUACACUGCACAGCUGAUGAUCACACUGCACUGCACAGCUGAUGGUCACACUGCACUGCACAGCUGAUGGUCACACUACACUGCACAGCUGAUGGUUACACUAGCUGAUGAUCACACCAUACUGCACAGCUGAUGAUCACACUGCACUGCACAGCUGAUGAUGGUCACACUGCACUGCACAGCUGAUGAUCACACUACACUGCACAGCUGAUGGUUACACUAGCUGAUGAUCACACUGCACUGCACAGCUGAUGAUCACACUACACUGCACAGCUGAUGAUGGUCACACUGGACUGCACAGCUGACGUCAAACCCCAUGUCUUUUUUUUCCUUCACACUCUACAUGCUACCAUUUGGUUUUGCACUGUUUUGCCAACUGUGGGAAAGUCUUCCUUUUUCUCUCUUCUUCUGGGUCUUAUUUUUGUGCAUUUUCUGUUCCAAGCAAAUGAUAGAAUUAGCUUAUUAAGUUCCACUAAAGUUGUGUUGCUCUUUUUGGCCAAGAUUGCAUUAGUGUAUCCAUUAAUUGGAGGAUAAUAGACUUCUUCAUAAUUAAUAUAAUUUUCCAUUAGUAUUAUGAUAGGCCUCAUUUUAUUUAAGUCCUUUAUAUACUUGGGUAACAUUCCUCAUAAGGGUCUUGCACAUUUUAUAUUAUCUUUGUUCUAGAUGUUUUACAAAAUUUCAGUUUAGGUUAAGGAUCAUUUACUUUCACAUAAAAAUCUGGAUAAUUGGAACAUUCCUCUAUCAACUUUAUGUUGCUUAUCACCCGGAAGCUUCUACAUUUAUUUUUUUCAGUUUUGUGUCCUUAUUAAGAAGCCACUACUGGGCUGGAGAGAUGGCUCAGAGGUUAAGAGCACUGCUUGCUCUUCCAAAGGUCCUGAGUUCAAUUCCCAGCAACCACAUGGUGGCUCACAACCAUCUGUAAUGAGAUCUGCCGCCCUAUUCUGGCCUGCAGGGAUAUGUGCAGACAGAACACUGUAUACAUAAUAAAUAAAUCUUUUUUUUGUUGUUAAAAAGAAGAAGCCACUACUUAGCUCUGCACUGGUGGCACAUGCCUUUAAUCCCAGCACUCGGGAGGCAGAAGCAGGUGGAUCUCUGUGAGUUCCAGGACAACCAGGGCUACACAGAAACCUGUCUCAGAAAACAAGGUCAUAAAUACAGUCUCAUGAAUGGCCUUGUUAGUUACCUAUGUGGUUUGAAUGUGAAGUGCCCCACCAUAGUCUUGUGUGUUUGAAUGCCAGGUCUCCAGCUGGUGGCAUUCUUGGAAGGUUGUGGAAAAACUGGAGGUAAAGUCUUGCUGGCAGAGGUGGAUCUCUGAGUAUGGUCCUUGAAGUUCACAGUCCAGCCCCACUUUCUGUUCUCUCUGCUCCUUUCUGACUGCCAGUGCUAUGCACCAGAGGACCUCUGGAAGGCUGCCAUGGGGGACUACCAUCUGCAACUGUGAGCCGAAGUGAACCCUUCUUCCCUUAGGUUCUUCUGUCUGGGUAUUUGUCAGCAAUGAGGAAAGUGACUAAAUACAAUUAUAUAGAGAGUUAUUUCCCUAACAUUUGAAAAACCGAUCAUCCCUUCCUCCCUGAUUUAUACAUUUAUUAAGCCACCACUGCCAUCAUGUCCUAUGUCCAUGUAAUUAUGGGAAUGUUUCUGGGCUCUCUAUUUUGUUAGUUUUAUCCAUUCAUCUUUACCAAUAAGCCACUUCCAACCAUGUGGGUUUCUAAUUGGUUGUCACAAACCGUAUAACAGCUCUUAGAUCUUUGUUCUGUACAUAUGGAUCAUCCUGUCAUUUGUAUUUUGUGAUCACAGUAAAUGUGGGGACUGGCUGAAGAUUAUUUAUGAUGCUGAGUUCCAUGCAUCUCUGAGUAAAUCACAGCUACUCAUUUUUACUACCUGUUUAAUAAAGGAGUAAUUGCAUUGUAUCUCACAUUUUGUAGUAGAGUCGUGUACAACUUAGACUUAGUCCCGACCCUGAUCUUAUCCCUUCUAAAACUGUACAUGUUCUCAUUUACAAAGACGUGUCUCCUGGUUCUCUGUAAGUUGGCUUUGCUAACUGACGCUGUAUGUAUCUAGCAACUUUACUGAACUUGUUCUCUGAUGAUCUGUCACUUACUCUGUAACACUAGGGUCAGCUAUAGUAAUGAUGAUUGUGUUUCAGCACUUCUGAUCCGUCUCUUUUUCCUGCCGUUGAAGAGAGGCUUUAAAAACUACAGUUGCUUCCAUUUUCUAAUAGAUGGUUAAAUUGGGUUAAGGGAAUGUUCUUCUCAGUUUUGAAUCCAGUGCUGAAUUUUAUUAAAUGUUGCUUCUGCUUGUA